AUGCACCUUACUAUUACGCCUUCGUCCAGGGUUGCGCUGCUUCGACCACAAGCGCAGGCCGGGAAGACCCCCAACAAUCUCCCAAUCAAAGACGUCCACACGCACCCUCGUUCUUCAUCAGCAGGCAGAGAAGACGCCAGUGUAUACUUCAUUGGCAAUGCCACCACAGUCCUCGAAUGGGGUGGUUUUCGUAUCUUGACAGACCCCAACUUCCUGCAUGCAGGAGAUCAUGUGCAUCUUGGUCCGGGAGUAACGUCCCAACGCCGGACGAAUCCCGCCGUCGAUCUUGACGAGUUGCCCCCGAUGGACUGCAUCUUGUUGUCCCACUACCAUGAAGACCAUUUCGAUCAGCUUGUCGAGGAGUCGCUCAACCGAGAUUUUCCCAUCAUCACAACUCCUCAUGCAAAAGGAUGUCUCACGUCCUCUUCGAAGCCCGAACCCUUCAGGGCGGUCCACGCUCUGGACUUUUUUGAAAGCAUUCUCCUGGACGCUCCAACGAAUAUAGAGACCGAGACGGCAACACCCGUGAUAAGAGUGACUGGCAUGCCUGGAAAACAUGUUCCUCCAGGAACUUUGUCUGCCCUCAACGAUCUAUUGAGUGCCGUUCCACCUACAAACGGUUGGCUGUUGGAACUUGGCUGGGCGGAUGGAUCGGCUAAUGCUCAAGAUGACGAAAAUACCUCUUCUGAACUGCGCACUGGCUACCGUAUCUACAUCUCGGGCGAUACUCUUUUUGUCGACGAGUUAAGGGAAAUACCAAAGUGGCUCAACGGAAAACAUGUUGACCUCAUGCUGGUACAUCUUGGAGGCACAACAAUCCCAGGCGCCUCCGCGCCCUUGGUCAUGGUGACAAUGGACGCCAAGCAAGGCAUUCAGUUGAUUCAUCUUAUUCAACCAGAUGUGACGAUACCGAUACACUUUGAUGAUUACGACGUCUUUCUGUCGCCUUUGUCAGACUUUCAGGACAAGAUCAAGCAGGAGGGCCUCAAAGAGCGUGUGGUAUAUCUCAACAGAGGGGAUCAGUAUCGCUUUACAGUUCGCCGCAAUGCAGAUUGA